UACUGUGUUCUUCCGUGGCUUAAAAUGACUGUAGUUUUUAGGUUCUAACUUCAUUUAUUGGCUGAAUAUGGCUGAAAAUGAUUAUAUUCACAUGGAUGGAGGCUAAAGAAAGAUCUCGAAUGUCUGCUGCUGAUCAUGCAAUGAAGAUGAACAGCUUGGGGCUAAUUGUAAACCCUUAUCCAUUUAACGAGAUGAUGAAGCUUUACAUAGCAACAUCUCAACAUAAGAAAGUACUCACUGUCAUGGUGCAGAUGAAACAAAAUCGAAUACCAAGAAAUGCCCUAUCGUACAACCUUUGGAUGAAUGCGUGUGCAGAGCUGUUGGGUGUUGGAUCAGCUGAGGAGGUUUACAAAGAAACCAUACAUGACAAAAAUGUUGUGAUAGGAUGGAGCUCUUUAUCUAUUAUUUUCUUCUGUUUGCAUCCUCAUAUAACUCACUAUACCUCUGAAGAUAUUCAGCUUUGGUUCCUUCCUGUUAAAAAAACACAUUUCAAUAUUUUUUUGCACAAUACCUUGGGCAAGGCACAGCCAAAAAUACUCUAG